AUGUGCGAGACCUUCAUGAACUCUCCGAUUGCAGACACUGGGAAGUCCAGUAGCAGAGAGGAGGUGGCGCAGGAGAGGGUGGUUUUCAACCGUAAGCUGCUGUUGAACGGCACAAACCCGGUGGGGGGGCAGAAGGAAGCUAAGGGUCUCUGGGAGACGAGGCUGAGGGACCUGGUAACCGCACGGCAGGAUGGUGCGGCGGAGAUUAAAAACAUCGUCACGCUAGAGCGGGAGCUGCGCAGCAGGGACUCAGCCCGAUUAGCCCUCAAAGCACUAGAUGCAGUGCCACAGGAGUGGAAAGCUGUGCUUACCCCGGAUGCCAGAGGAGAGGGCGUAGUGUCUGGAGUGCAAAACUCAUGGGGGUUGCAAGGGGCAGGGUGGGAUGUCAUGGGGCAGAGGGGGGCUGCAAGGGGCAGGGUGGGAUGUCAUGAGGCAGAGGGAGGUUGCAAGGGGCAGAGUGGGACAACAUGGGGCAGAGGGGGGUUGCAAGGGGCAGAGUGGGACAACAUGGGACAGAGGGGGGUAUCAAGGGGCAGAGUUGGAUGUCAUGGGGCAGAGGGGGGUUGCAAGGGGCAGGGUGGGAUGUCAUGGGGCAGAGGGGGGUUGCAAGGGGCAGAGUGGGACAACAUGGGACAGAGGGGGGUAGCCCGGGGUAGGGUGGGAUGUCAUGGGGCAGAGGGGGGUUGCAAGGGGCAGGGUGGGAUGUCAUGGGGCAGAGGGGGGUUGCAAGGGGCAGGGUGGGAUGUCAUGGGGCAGAGGGGGGUUGCACGGGGCAAGGUGGGAUGUCAUGGGGCAGAGGGGGGUUGCAAGGAGCAGAGUGGGACAACAUGGGACAAAGGGGGGUAG